AUGGUUCCGCGGGUGCAGCUCCCCCCUGAGAUCCAGCUGGCGCAGCGUCUGGCAGGGAACGAGCAGGUGACCCGGGACCGGGCGGUGAGGAAGCUCCGGAAAUACAUCGUUGCCCGGACUCAGCGUGCUGCAGGUGGUUUCACUCAUGACGAGCUGCUGAAGGUGUGGAAGGGACUGUUUUACUGCAUGUGGAUGCAGGACAAGCCGCUCCUCCAGGAGGAACUAGGAAGAACCAUUUCGCAGCUCAUCCACGCUUUUCAGACCACAGAGGCACAGCACCUGUUCGUCCAGACCUUCUGGCAGACCAUGAAUCGCGAGUGGAUGGGCAUCGACAGGCUGCGCCUGGACAAGUUCUACACGCUCAUGCGGCUGGUCCUGAAGGAGUCCUUGACAGCCCUGAGGAUGCGGGGAUGGGAAGAAAGACAGAUGGAGCAGCUGUUGGAGCUGCUGACCACUGAGAUCCUGCACCCUGACAGCCAGGCCCCCAAUGGGGUGAAGAGCCACUUCAUCGAGAUCUUCCUGGAGGAGCUGGCCAAAGUGGGCGCCGCCGAGCUGACAGCAGACCAGAACCUCAAGUUCAUCGAUCCCUUCUGCAGAAUUGCUGCCCAGACUAAGGACUCCCUGGUUUUGCAUAACAUCACUCGAGGCAUCUUUGAAACGAUUGUGGAACAGGCCCCGUUUGCCAUUGAAGACCUAAUGGGCGAAAUGGAGGAGGAGGAGGAGGAGGAAGAGGAAGGUGAUGAGGAGGAAGAGGAUGUGUCGUCCAAGAAGCUGUUCAGGGAGCCACCUAAAGGCGCCUUCCGUGGGACGGACCCAGGCGAGGGUGAGGAGCAGCCCGAAGACGAUGAGGAUGGCGCCGGCACGGUCCUUCAGUUUGACUACGAGGCUGUCGCCAACAGACUGUUCGAGGCGGCCAGCCAGCAGAGCACCCCUUCUCUGAACAGGAAGCGCCUCUACAAGGUGAUCAGGAAGUUGCAGGACCUCGCUGAAGGCGUCUUCCCUGAGGACGACGUUCCAGAAAAGGCCUACAGGAAACUGCUGGAAGGGAGGCGGGAGAGGAAGGCGAAGAGGCGUUCGUCCAAAUCCCGGCGGCAGAGCAAGACAGGGAGAGGUGAACGGGAGGACCCGACUGCGGACCCGAGUUCCAGACCAGAGGGGACGAGGCAGUGGCGGGGUGCGGGGGCUGACUCCACUGCACCCCGGCAGCAGCGUGGGGGCCGUGGCAGGAGAGGGGCUUGCGAGAGGAGGCGGCGGCCUCGGGCAGGGGCCGGCCCGAAGGUGCCUGGCUGCCGGGAGCCAGGCACAAAAAAGAAGCGGAUGCAGAAGAGCAAGAAAUGAUGCCCCCAGGCCCGGCCCGGGCAGGACAGUGCUCUCUUCGUGGCGCCUCCCGGCCUGCACCUUGCUGAGUGAGCGGACAGGUCGGUGGGCCGUGCUCCCAAGACUCUGGACACAGUCAGAAGGUCAGCACUGAAUGAGGUCGGCUGUCACUCAGCGCCAUCCAUAUCCCAGAGCGCUGCUUUGUGCUGACCUUGGUUAGGCAGGAGCCCUGAACUUGGAGCUCCCUGUAAAUGGCCCUCCCUGGCAAGGCGGAGGACCAGCCAGGUGGCGGGGCGGCUGUAAAUAAAGCACUGCGCACUGUUCCCAGAGGCG